AUGGCUGCUGAUAUCAGCCACCCUCCAAUGGAACAACUCCAAGACCUUGAGUAUUGCAUCGACUCCAACCCACCAUGGCUGGAAACUAUCUUGCUGGCAUUCCAGAACUACAUUUUAGUUCUUGGCACGAGUGUGAUGAUCCCUACCGUGCUUGUACCCUUGAUGGGUGGAUCUGAUGGGGACAAGGCACGAGUGAUACAAACAUUACUUUUUGUAGCUGGCAUUAACACACUUCUCCAAGCUCUUUUUGGGACUAGGUUGCCUGCUAUAGUUGGAGGCUCCUUUGCUUAUGUCAUCCCCAUAAUCUAUAUCAUCAGUGACUCGUCUCUACAACGAAUUGAGGAGGACCAUGUAAGAUUUAUACAAACUAUGCGAGCUAUCCAAGGGGCUCUCAUUGUUGCUGCUAGCAUACAAAUAGUACUUGGGUAUAGCCAAGUCUGGGGACUCUUCUCAAGAUUUUUCAGUCCCCUUGGCAUGGCACCAGUUGUUGGAUUAGUAGGUCUGGGCUUAUUUCAACGAGGAUUCCCUGUGCUUGGGAAUUGUAUUGAAAUUGGUCUACCCAUGCUUAUUCUGGUUAUCGGCCUAUCACAAUAUCUCAAGCAUUUUAAACCACUCAGGGACUUCCCAAUUUUUGAACGUUUUCCAGUGUUGAUUUGUGUUGCAAUUAUUUGGCUAUACUCUGUCAUACUGACUUACGGGGGUGCAUAUCGAGAGGCAUCUCCGAGGACUCAAUUCAGUUGCCGAGUAGACAGAGCAAAUAUUAUAUCAACGGCUCCAUGGUUCAAGUUUCCUUAUCCUUUGCAGUGGGGCCCACCAACUUUUGCAGCCGGUCAUGCAUUUGCUAUGAUGUCUGCUGUUCUUGUUUCAAUGGUUGAGUCAACUGCCGCAUAUAAGGCAGCAUCUCGUCUAGCAAUUGCCACUCCACCACCUGCAUAUGUACUUAGCCGUGGAAUUGGUUGGCAGGGGAUAGGCAUUUUGCUAGAUGGUCUUUUUGGGACAGGCACUGGUUCUACUGUAUCUGUUGAGAACAUAGGACUCCUUGGACUAACUCGAGUUGGAAGUCGAAGAGUGGUUCAAAUUUCUGCGGGAUUCAUGAUAUUCUUCUCUAUCUUAGGAAAAUUCGGGGCUUUAUUUGCAUCUAUCCCUUUCCCGAUAUAUGCUGCAUUAUACUGUGUCCUGUUUGGCCUUGUAGGUUCUGUUGGUUUAUCAUUUCUGCAGUUUACAAACAUGAACUCUAUGAGAAACCUCUUUGUAACUGGUCUUUCCCUAUUCCUUGGAAUAUCCAUUCCUCAAUUCUUUGGCGAAUACUGGGUGGGCGCUCGGCAUGGUCUCGUUCGCACCAAUGCAGGAUGGUUCAACGCAUUCUUGAACACGAUAUUUGCCUCCCCACCAACCGUGGCGUUGAUCAUCGCCGUGUUCCUAGAUAACACGUUGGAAGUGGAGAAAUCAAAGAAAGACCGAGGUAUGCCAUGGUGGGUGAAAUUUAGAACGUUCAGAGGUGAUAACAGGAAUGAAGAAUUCUACACUUUGCCAUUUAACCUUAACAGAUUCUUUCCACCUACAUAG